GACGCCGCACCACAACCGGCUCGCUUCCGGUGUUUUCAUCCCAGCUCUCCAACAAGAAGAAGUCUUCCCGCGGUUGUCGUGUCGCCUUGUCAGCACAACAUGGCCGCUUCGUCCGGGGACGUCCUGAGGAAGGAGCUCACCUGCGGCAUCUGCUUGGACUACUUCAAGGACGCUGUCAUCCUCAAGUGCGGCCACAAUUUCUGCCACUUUUGCAUCUCCAUGCACUGGGACGAAAAUGGCGGAGACUAUGGCUACCAGUGCCCGCAGUGUAGGACGGUGUUCAACAAGAGGACCUUCACCAAGAACUACCUGGCGCAGAACCUGGUGGAGUCUCUGGACUCGGGCCUGUCGCCCCCCAAGCCGCAGAAGGCGGACGGCAAGUGCGAGCAACACGGCAAGGAACUCAAACUCUACUGCCGGACCGACAAGAGCCUCAUCUGUGUGGUCUGCAGGGAGUCCAGGUCUCACAGACAUCACGAAGUCUCCUUGGUUUCAGAAGUGAUCGACGACAUGAAGGGUGAGUUAAAGCGGAGGCUGAUGGAACUGAAGUGGCAGAAGUCCCAGUGCCUCCAAGUUCUCUCUGCAGACCAGCGCACCAAAAAUGACAUCAAGGUGAAGAAGCAGCGACUGAAGGACAAGAUCCAGUCCGACGUGGGCGUGCUGGUCCAGUUCCUGCUGGACGAGAGAGACUCCAUCCUCGACAGCCUGGACGCCGACGAGGUGGCCGCCAUGGCCGCCCUGGAGGACAACCUCAAGGAGGCGGAGACGGAGGUGGCCGCCGCCACCCAGAGCAUCGCCGACAUCCACAACCACAUCAACACCAAGACCAGCUUUGAGAGCCUGGCUGAGACCUUCAAUGAGGUGGUCCACAGCAAGCCCUUCCCUGAUCUGGAGCCGGUCAACUGUCCCACAGAGUUCACGGACUUCUCAGGACCGUUCCAGCUCAUCAUGUGGAAGAAGAUGAUGCACGUGCUGCAUACCAUGCCCCAGAACCUGACGCUGGACCCCAACACGGCGCACCCCAACCUGACCAUCUCGGACUUCGACACCAAGGUGGAGGAGGCACUGGUGCGCAACCAGGAGCCCGACCUGCCGGAGCGCUUCACGCGCUUCUGCGGCGUGCUGGCCACGGCGCAGUACUGCAGCGGGCAGCACUACUGGGAGGUGGACGUGCGCGACAAGGGCGUGUGGUACCUGGGCGUCACCACCGAGGGCAGCAACAGGAAGGGCUUUGUGACGCUCACGCCCUCCGCCGGCUACUGGAGCCUGUGCCUGCAGGACCGCCUCUACGCCAACGGCGAGGACGGCCGCAUCCCGGUGGCCGACUACUGGAACUCGCCCCGCGUGGGCGUCUACCUGGACUACGACAACGGGCGCCUGAGCUUCUACGACGCCGUCACCAUGAAGAAACUGUUCUUGUUCGACACCUGCUUCGACCAGCCCGUCUACCCCUUCUUCAGCCCGGGGAAGUACGACCCCAACAGCCGGCUGCAGAUCUGCCAUUACUACUGAGGACCAGCAGGGAGCACCUUGGUCUGCACUUUUUACUCUUUUGUCAACCAUUUUAAAAUGACUGUUCAUUUUGUCCAUUUGACCUUCAUGUGAAGCUUAGUGUAAGGUGAGCAGCUGUCGGUGCCAUGCAGGCACCACACAUGUAAAUAUUUAUGUUUGUUUUAUCAGGGAAGUCUCGCUACUUUACCAAUGUGAAAUUAAAAAAAUAUAUUUUAAAAAGA